GCUCACUGAAACCAUGGCGCCUUCUUUCUCUCGCAUCUCUUCCGGAGCACUGCUCCUUGCUCUCGCUUACAAUGCACGGCCCGUGAAAGCUGACUUCUGGGAAGAUGUCGACAACUGCAAGCUUGUGCUUGAUGAUCUCCCCGCAGAUCUCACGACCGACUUCUGCUAUGACUGGACCUACGGUUACGAACCAGAGGAUGAGUAUGUGACCAUCACCGAUUACCCAGUCACUGUCACCGAGUACCCCGACUCGAAGACCUGUGAGGGUGAGGGUUACUCAACGACCACUAAGUACCCCGAGUAUACGACUACGCCUGAGCCUUCCAAGAACUACUGGGCAACUGCGCCAACUUCUGGCACGAACGGAACCACGGAAGUGCCUUCUGAAACGACCAGCGUGCCUGAUGAGACUACUACAAGCUCGUCUGAGAUCACGGGAUCGUCUGAGACCACCGACGCGCCGGAACCCACAGAGACACCCGAGGGCGAAGGUGAUGCUGAUGUCACUGUGACAAGCACCAUCUAUACCACAUACUGGACUACCUCGACCAUCUAUGAUGACUACCCAGCUGCUACACCAGCUCCUUACCGCCGCCAAGUUCGCGCUUCCUGGUGUGUUGAUAGGCCCUGCCGCCUUGUGCAGUACGAUGACGAUACCAUCGUCGAGGCCUGCAAGAAGUAUCUCCCCCUGGAACCCCAAACCAAGACCGUCAAUGUCCCUGGCUACACCGUGACUAUCACCAGCUAUCCCACCGACUGCAAGAAGCCUGACCCCUACCCCGUCGAGGAGGAAUAUGAGCCAUACGAGCCAGAGCCCUACAAGCCCGAGCCUGAGCCCGAGUACCCUGAAUACCCUCCCGAGACUCCUGAGUACGAGCCCGAAUACCCAGAGGAGAGCUACCCUGAGGAGGACUACGAGGAGAAGCCAGCUGGUAACACCUUUGACAACAACUACUCCGGCCCCGACGGCCCGAAGCCCUGGGAUGACAACGAGCAAACCAGCGAACUCGCUGAUGCAAUCGAGCAGGGUGGCUACGACGAUGCGUUAGAGAAGGUCGGUCUCGACGAUGCUGAAUGGAAUGCCAUCCCCUCUGAUUACGGAGAGGCGGAGCCCACCGACGAUUACUAUGAGGACAGCAAGCCAGAUUACUAUGAGGACAGCAAGCCAGAUUACUAUGAGGACAGCAAGCCAGAUUACUAUGAAGACAGCAAGCCAGACGACUAUGAAGACAGCGACGAUCACUAUGACUCCGAGAGCCCAAAGCCGUGGGAUGACAAUGGCGACGCCAGCGCUUUUGCCGACGCGCUUGAAAACGGAGGCUGGGAUCACGCGGAAGAAACAGUCGGUGAUGGAUGGAGUAAGUGAGCCAGAUUGUGAUGAGUAGGUGUGGUCUACUAUACAAUCAGGGCGUAGAGGGGUGCGAGAGACGGAGUGUAUAUGCUGAAAACUAUUUCGAUUCGGUGUCAAUACGUGGCAACGAAUGAGCUGAGAUAAAGCAGUAAUCAUAAUACUAAUGGUCGUUGUAUGAGAGAGGCAUGCUGGUGU